AUGGUCUCGCAAACAUUUUCAUUCCGCACUGUCCCGGGCUUCUUCCUUCAAGACGAGCCUACCACGGAUCCAGACACCUUUGAUUAUUCAAGCACCAACUUUGGAUUGAUUCCCCGAAGCUAUGAGAACGACACCGCUGGUUCCAAAGACAGAACCCAAUGGGACCGAUUUGCGCGGCAUAUUGUGCAUCUGAACACGAACGCAGAUAAGGGGACUUCGUACAAGGUUCUCUUUCUGGGACGCCAUGGCGAAGGAGUUCACAAUGUUGCUGAGCGCCGUUAUGGAACAAAAGCCUGGGAUGAGUACUGGUCUCUUCUUGACGGAGACGAGCAUGGCACUUGGGUCGAUGCCCAUUUGACAGCUGUGGGAAUCGCCCAAGCACAGUUUGCUCAUGAUACUUGGGCAAAGCAGAUCGCCACUGGCAUGCCCCCGCCCCAAUCCUACUAUGCCAGUCCGCUUCAUCGAUGCUGCCAGACAGCGGCGGUGACGUUCGAAAGAUUGGGGAUACCCUUGACGGAUCCAUUUCAGCCCGUCGUGAAGGAGCUUCUCCGCGAAACAAUGGGUGAGCAUACCUGUGACCGCCGUUCGAACAAAUCUGCAAUCGCAGCAGAGUUUCCACGCUACCGAUUCGAGGCGGGCUUUGUCGAAGAAGAUGAACUUUGGGAUCCCAAAGUCCGCGAGUCAGAUGAACUGCGAAAUAAGCGGUUGCUGGAAUUACUGAACGAUGUCUUCCUCACAGACGAAAACAUCUUUCUCUCCCUGACGGCGCAUUCAGGAGCUAUCACUAGCAUUCUCGAAAUUAUCGGCCAUCGCAAGUUCCCGCUGGCGACGGGGACUGUCAUACCAGUUGUUGUAAAGGCACAGAGCAUGGGUGGCUGGCAUUGA